UGUUUCCUCCUUUCCUUUCCUUGUUUCUUAGUUUUAUCUCCUCGCGCGCUGUGGAAUGACUGGAAUCCACGGACACGGCGCGUCUCCAGUGCGCGUGCGCGGGUCACGGUUCUUUAUUCUAACGCGCUCGCGCUCAUGUCAAAGUGUCACGUUAUAAACGUGUUUUUUUUACGCACGUGCGGCUUUUUGUGCUGCGUCACAGCGCGAGACCCGCGGGACCGAGGCUCUGAGCGCGAAGGUCACGAAGAACACGGACGAAGUACUUUUACUUCCUCUGAGAGUACUUUUACUGCACUACUUCUGAGAGCAGUACCCCUCCUCCUGCUCCUGGCGGCGCUGGCGCACUCUGCCCCUGUCGGACCUUGGACCUCAGACCAGACUCAGAUCCUGGUCCGGUCUCAGAUGUUGGUCCAGAAGAUCCUCCAGAGUCUGGUUCAGAUCCACGCUCAGACCGUGACGUCAUCAGGACUCACCUUUGACCCCUCAGGCCCCGCCCCCGAGCUGCAACUGAUGAUGUCACAGCUGCAGAUCACGCCCCCUCCGGUCCCCAACCUGCUGUCGCCCACCUUCAGCCAGGAGGACUGCGUGCGGUGGAUGUGGGCGGGGCUGGAGCAGCAGCAGAGGAUUGUGGGAGAUCUGUCGUCCAAACUGAGCGCGCUCAGUGACCUGCACGCCGACCUGAGUGACCUGCAGGCCCAGACAGCUGAGAUGAUGUCAUUGAUGGGCGUGGUCAUCUCUACGGUCCAAUCAGGGAGCAGCAUUCUGACUCGUCUCCACGGCGACUACGACACCGAGGUGGCCGUGCACCUGACGCUAACCACUCUGCGAGCGUUCUGCCACGACCUGAGCCGCGCCCUCCGCAAGCUUCCACAGGUCUGAGGGUCUGAGGUCCGGACCGGAACAAGACCAGAAGUGCUUUAUGACUCGGUGCAGAUCUUUACUCCAGAUGCCCUUCCAUCCUCACCCAGACUGCACCUGUGGGACGUUUGUGCCUUUGAUUGUGUGAUUGUAUUUAUGUAUUUAUUCAAAUCAAAGAUUUAUUUAUAAAUUAUUUAUUUAUUUAUGUUCAUAUUUAUGCAAAUGAAGUUUUUUGUAAUAAGUUUAUUUUAAUAAAGUCGUUUUUUUACACAAA